AUGGCGGGUUCGAAUCUUUUCGUUACUGUUCUUUCAAUUCCUCUUCUUCUUUUCACCGUUUUUGGAAAUUUUCUUGUUAUAAUAGUCAUCCGCAAGUGCAAGAAAAUUUUGAACGCAAAUACCUAUCUUAUAUUCCACCUUGCAUGGUCUGAUUUGUUUUUUGCUCUGACCACUUUCGCGGAGACGAUUCUCGUCUCUCUUGAAGUUCCUUACUCCUCUUUCCAAUUCCUUUUUAACGCUUUAUUUUCAAGUUAUACUCUUGUUGUCCUAGCGAUUGAGAGGUACUAUGCAAUUCUGAAACCUUUCGUGCACAUGAAAAAGGUGGAUGUGUGUUUAACGCGGAAAGUUUGUACCGCGCUGUGGGUCUUGGUUGGUGUCUUAACUGCGGCAGGAUUUGUUAUCGAAUCAUUUGAAAAUAGGUACAAGUAUUCUGGGUUUGUUAAUGGUUCGAUGAACACCUCAAGAGAUCUUCCUCCUGUCCUCGAAACCAUUAAUAUUACCUUCGUAUUUGUUGUUUUUGUAAUCGGUCUCGUAAUACCAAGUACUGUUAUGAUCCUGUGUUAUUCACAUGUGAUUUAUCAUGUGUGGUUCAGCGCUGAAGACAAAGCAACGAAUGCUGCUCUAUUCAAAUCGCGCCGUAAACUGACCAAACUUUUUAUCAUCGUAACCAUGAUAUUCAUAAUUACUUGGACUCCAACAUAUGGCAGGCUAAUCGUCAAGGAGUUUGUGAACCAUGAAACGACAAAGAAGUCCUAUCAACUUGUUUCCAUGCUGCUUGCCCUGAUUGGUUCAGCGGCAAAUCCUGCCAUUUAUUCGUUUCGUUGUCCAAGAUUUCGCCAGGAAGCUGUUAAAACGUUAUCAUGUUGUUGCUGUAAAAUGAGAAGACGCCGGUCAAAGGGGCGAAGUGGUAACAGAGUGUUUGUGACCAGUGGCCGCUGUAUGACUGAGACACAACACAAUACA